AUGACUAGUAAAAUUAAAUCAACACUAUUAAUUAUUAGACCACCGUAUUUAACACCAAAGCAACAUCCGCUAGCAACUGAAUACUACAAAUAUACUAGUCUCCUCCAUCAAUCAUUAGCUUCGAAAUUUAAACUCGAUUUCUACUAUCAACCACAGAGCCUAAAUAGUAAGAAGUUUGUACAGGGGGAAUAUUUAAGGCAGAUUAAAGACUGGGGAUAUUCACACUACUCCAAUCAAGAUGUCUCUGUCGAUUCUGGUGUAGAUAUCCAUGAGAAUCUUCCAACUUCCAACAACAAAGUAGACAACAUUGAAAGACUUGGUGAUAGAUCUCUUGGUUUGCUGCUACCCAACCACUCACUCCCUUCAACCACCUUAAACGCCGGCGAAUCACUCGACCAAGCAGCGUUAAGAGCUGGUUAUCAGCAGUUUGGAAGGGAUAUUGAUCUUUGGGUGGUGAGUAAGUUACCAAUAGCUGUGAAUAAGGAUGAAUCGGGCGUGGACAACUACAUAAUACUCAGCUACAUACUCAAUGGCACUCCCUCCACACCCACCAGCUACCUCAGUAAAGAAGAAAUCCCUAAAAAUAAUUUUGUAGACUUAAUCCCAAUACAAUAG